AUGAUGAUUGGUAUCGGUGGUUCAUCAUCAUCAUUGGUUACAUCAGAUGGUGAAAGCAAUAAAUCUUUAGAUGGUGAUGAUGAAAAAUCAUCUACUAGUUCUUCAUCUGUUUCAUUUAUUAGUUCAUCAUCAUCCUCAUCACCGACACCGCCUAUAAUAACCCAUCAACAGCAAUCAAUACAUUUUAAUGGUAUUGAAUCUCAGGUGAAAGAGCUAUUUUCAAUAAUACCGGCCAAUAACGGAAAUGUUCAUCCGUAUCAUUUUAAUCAUCAAUCAUCUUCUGCUUCCUAUAUGACGCCUUCAUCAUCAUUAUCAUCUUCAUCAUCAUCGAAUGGUGAUUGGCCAAUGGAUGAAACGACGACCAAUGAACAACAACAAUCCGGUGGAAUCGUUUUUGAUAAUCAAUUUACCAAAACAGUCACACAAACACCUUCUUCCUCCUCAUCAUCAUCAAAUGAUGAUGAUAUUAAUAAUAAUAAUUUAUGUUCGAAAUCAAUACAAUCGAUAUCUGGUCAUCAUCAUCAUCAUCUUCAUAAAGAAAUGUUUGCAACCAAAUGUAGACAAACAGAAAUGUUAACUAAAUCUACGGAUAUACAACCAUCCUCUUCUUCUUCAUCAUCAUCAUCAUCUAUGAACGUUAUAAGUCAACGUUUUUCGAAUAUUCAUCCGGUCAUAUAUAAUAAUGGUGGUGGAUUUAAUGAAACAAAAUCAGAUGGCUGUCAUCAAACAAAUAUUAUUGCAAAAGUUACCACUAAUGGAACAACGAUAACAACUACUUCAUCGAUUAUGAUGAAUGGUCCAACGGCAGCAACGACUACAACUGUACGUUUGCUUGGUUUACCUACACAACAACAACAAUUAUCAACAAACAAUAUCGCUACCGGUGUUCAUCAAACUAAAUUACGUUCACCUAGUCUAGAUGAAUUAUUGGCUUUGUCUUCGCCGAUUCGUAAUGGUCAACCGACAUUGUUGACGAAUCAUCAUCAUCAUCAUCAUCAACAACAACAACAACAGCAAUGUGGCACAACAUCAACAACAACAAUAAUACAAAAUGGUUCCGUUUUAUUUGGUUCAUUGACGCCACCAACAUCACCUGAACGUCAACAGCAACAAAGAAAACGACCAUUUUCUUCUGAUCUCAUUAAUCGUCAACAUCAACCGCAACAACAAAAAUUAAUGGCCACCACAACAACGGCAACAUCAUUGACAACAACGACACCGAUACCGAAUAGUUUACCACAAACAUCCACCAUGAAUGGUUUCAUUACACAUCAGAAUCCAAUAUCGAAUCCUGUAUUAGUACCAAUAUCGACUACAUCGGUCAAUAUUGUACCAAAUAAUAAUAAUAAUGGAAAUGCUAUCAAUUCGAUAGCUAUGAAUAAUAAUGCAUUGUUACCACAAUCGGCUACAAUUGCAAUACAAUUAAAUUCUUCCAAUAUUGAUACUGCCCAAACAACAAUGUUGAUCAAUCAUCAUCCACAGCCGCAACAACCGCAACAACAACAGCCUAACAAUCCAACAAUGAAAUCAAAUAAAAAAUCAACAUCACCAUCACGAUCAUCGAAUGGUCAAACAGUAGCAUAUCGUUCUCGUAAUAAAUCAAAUUCGGUUUCAUCAUCUUCAUCAUCAUCAUCAUCAUCAUCGUCAUCAUUUUCAUGUUCAUCAUCAUCUUCGUCACCAUCACCAUCAUCAUCAUCAUCAUCAUCAUCAUCACCGAAUCGUCUAGUGAUCAAUGGAGAUGUCGCCAUUAUUGGUACACAAACAACGACCAAUUCAUGUUCGAUAACAAUGAAUAAUAAUAUUACGGAUUCAUUAUCCAAUGUAAUUACAACAACAACAGCAACAACAACAUCAACGACAACAACAUCAGCGACAGGUGCGAAUACGAUAUCGAGUACGAUCAUUUCAGCCGAUGGUAAACGUCGUAUUCAUAAGUGCCUAUUUAAUGGCUGUAAAAAAGUCUAUACAAAAUCAUCACAUUUAAAAGCACAUCAACGAACACAUACAGGUGAAAAGCCAUAUCAAUGUACAUGGCAAGGUUGUGAAUGGCGAUUUGCUCGUUCCGAUGAAUUAACAAGACAUUUUCGUAAACACACCGGAAGUAAACCAUUUAAAUGUAAACAUUGUGAACGAUGUUUUUCUCGUUCUGAUCAUCUAGCCUUACAUAUGAAAAGACAUCAAACACCAACAUCAACAAAUGGAACAGCAACGAAUGCAAUUCUAUCAACAACAAAUGGCAUUCAAUCAAGAGCCACAACAACUGUUUCAAGUUAAUUAUUAUUGAUGAUGAUAAGAGAUGAAUCAAAAACAAAAAUACCCACCUCAUAUGUUCAUUGAUGAUUUUUAGUUGUUUAUUUUGGACACAUUUAAUUACAACAACAACGACGACAACAAAUGAACAAUAAUCUCAAUUUCCUACCGACGACCAAAUUGUCAAAUAAUUUUUUUUUCUAUUCUAAUUCUUUUUUAUUUGAAAUAAUUAUCGAAUCAUUGAAAAGAAGAAAAAAAAAUUGGCGCCUUUUAUUAUAAAUUUAUAAUUCGAAGAAUUAUAUUUCGUUUUUUUCAAUUAUCCACACACACACGCACCACACAUAUGAAAACAUUAAACAAUUUUUCAUCAUCAUCAUCACCAUUUUGUUAUUGUACAUAAAAAGCAAAAAAAAUAAUCGAUCUCUUUCUCAAUUUGUUGGCUUUUAUAUUUUUCAUAUAUAUCAUGAUGAUUUCAUAAAUAUUUCUAAAAAUGCAUUUACAUCAUAUUUGCUACAUUUGUAUUUUUGAUUUUCUUUUUUCCAUAUUCACCAUAUUUGGUAUAUAUAAUGCUUAAAUAAUGUUCAAUGACUAACCGAAAGCUAAUUUCAUUCAUUCAUUCAUUCAUGCAUCCAUGUUCAUCUUCAAUUCAUUUAUCACCAUUAUCAUCAAUAUAUACAUAUUCAAUAUGGUCAAUAUCGAUUGACCACAACAAGUUUGCAUCACACACAUACACAUCACACAUCACACACAUGUACACAGUCAUAUAAGAUUGAUACAUUUGUAACAUAGCAGACGACAACAACAACAACAACAAAAAAAUUUAUCUCAUUUCAUUAUUGUAUUUAUAAUUUAUUGCUACAGAACCAAAAAAAGCAAAACAAAGCAAAACAGAAAAACCGAAAAAUCCAUAAAUCCAAAACAUUAAUUUUUGGGUUUUUGCGAUAAUGGAACGUUUGAAUUCAUAUUCAUAUACAUAUGAAUUGUUGUUUUUUGAACUUGUGUGUUUAUUUGUGUUUCGUUUUCACU